GACGCCACGAAGUCAAUUGUUGACACAGGACAGAGGGACAAAUACGACCCUCGAAAUAUCGGAGAUAAAACAGACAUAAAAACCAGAAGUAAAGAAUAUAUAUUUGGCCUGCAUGGUUGUUUGACACUUGUUCGACACUAUCCGAAUCAAGAGAGUUUAUGGGGUCCAGUGACAAUCGCAACAACGCUCGAUCUUGACUGAAACCAUUUCAUCAUGAGCAAGAACAAGAAAGAGGAUGAUAAACCCCCACCCUCCACGGGUCCCGGUAGUAAGAUACUCGCCCUACCGUCCAUUGUCAGGAGGCAUGUGCUCAAGGAGGGCACUGUCGUCAUCCUCAACUUCUCCACGGCCAGUCUCAAGGCACUGCCAGCGGAGAUCUGGAAAAACGAGGAAGUCAUGGCCAACGCCGUUCGCCUCCAUGCUGAAAACAACCGCCUUAAGAAGUUCCCUAAGACUGUAUCAGCCUUGGAGGUAUUAGAGUUUCUAGACUUGAGAAACAACCUCAUCACUGCCCUUCCUGGCACAAUCACAAAGAUGAAGACUCUGGAAAAGAUCGAAGUGUCUAACAAUGCUUUGAAAAGUUUACCGGGUACAAUAAACAAAGCUCCCGCAUUGAGGACUUUAAGCGCGGCCCAUAACAAAAUAAAGUCUCUGCCGAAGACCAUCAACAAGUGUCCGGAACUGGAAUAUCUGGAUGUAUCUUACAACCAAAUCCGAUCUAUAAAGAAGAACGUGUAUGAGCUGGGAGCUGCCGUGAACCUGUCUGGAAACAAACUGACGGAGUUACCAGAUGCAACAGUGAAGGCCCCAGCUCUGAGAUCCCUGAAUGUGUCGCACAACCAGAUAGUGGUAAUCCCAGACACAAUCAACAUGGUCCUGACCCUCACAAGUCUCAACCUAGCUCACAACGACCUCGAGGAACUGCCAAGGGAAAUAGGGUUCUUGAAGUACAUGCACUUCCUUGACGUAUCUCACAACCAGCUAGUAGCUCUACCCGACGAACUCUGCACCUUGCAACAUGCUCUAACACAUCUCAACGCCUCUGACAACCAGCUGAAGGAUUUGCCAAAAGAUUUUCACAAGUUUCAGGUUCUUCAUACGCUUAACGUUUCAAACAACCAAAUACAAACUCCUCCACCGAAUUUCUAUGACAUACAAUCGCUUGUGACUCUAGAUUUAUCAGGCAAUAAGCUACAGUCAGCUGACGGCAUCAGCAAACUUAAAAGUGCAAUUUUGGUAUCUCUUGCCCGGAAUGACCUCAGCUAUCUACCAGACGACGUUGACCAGAUGAAAUCGUUGGUCACCCUGGAUGUUGCUGGCAACCACCUAAAGCAACUGCCACAAUCUCUCAAUCGAAUUGCAUCACUCAAACGUGUGCUGGUUGCCGAUAAUAAGCUAUCCAGCAUCCCUGACACUCUAGGGGAACAUCAGCUGAUCACAGAGCUAGACUUCAGUGGUAAUCGCGUUCAAGGAAUUCCUCAGGAACUCAGAAGGUUAAGGACUCUGGAGGUUCUACGGGUGGCUCGCAACCAGAUAUCGGCUUUACCUAAGGCUCUAGAUACCCUUCAGUUUCUGCACACCAUAGACGUGACAGGCAACAGCCUCACUGAGAUCCCUCUGCCAGGAAGUGUCCAAGUCCUGCUCAUGGCAAACAAUCCUCUCUAUUCUCCGUCUGUAGAUACCAAAGGUACUCUCAAUGUCAUAGGGGAGAAGGAACACGCGAAGAAGUUGACUCGGCUAGACAUAUCAAGUAUUCGUUUGGACAAGGUGCCAAUAUCAGUGUGUCGGCUUAAGCUCCUCACACAUCUGAACCUGUGUCAUAACCAGCUGAAGAAGUUACCUGAAAACCUCUGUAAACUCCGGCUUUUGGAAGAACUGGAUGUCAGUGACAACGAGCUUCUUACUCUACCGCAGAACAUCAACUGCUUACAGAAUCUGAGACGCCUGGACGCAUCUCAAAAUCGGAUCGGCCUAUUCGUGGAAGGUUUGACGUUCCUUCAUCAGCUCGAGUACCUUAACCUGUCAUUCAACAAUAUCGAAAGUCUUCCAGACCACUUCGGAGAGAUGAACAAACUGGUCACUCUUGACCUCUCUAACAAUGAGCUGACUCAACUGCCGGAGGACAGGAUCGACAUCCUGGCAUCACUCCUCACCCUCAAUAUCUGCAAAAACCACAUUAAUAUAAUCCCGACAGAUCUGCCCUAUCUGUACCGCAUCCAGAUCCUCAACUGUUCCGGGAACGAUCUGAGUUCCAUUCCAGUAGACAUCUUCAGGAUGACGUCACUAGAGGUUCUGGACUUGUCAGACAACUUGCUGGAGUCUCUCCCUGACGGAGUUGCCAAGCUGCCAUCUCUUCGGGAGCUGGAUGUGUCUGAUAACAAACUGAGUUCCUUCUCCAACAAGAUCGAGCAGAUGAGGAGCAAGCUUAGCAGCUUCAAGUCAGAGAAACAGUCCAGCUACAAGACCCGUGAUCUUCAAGAGGGUCUGGCAGCCGGGGAAGCUCAGACAGACAACAGCCGCGAAAACAGCCCCAUCAACAGGUCCAAGAGUCCUAUGCUAGGCAGGCCUGAAGACGAGGAUUAGUCUCUUGGAGGCUUUGACUUCAAAGCGUUCGUAAUAAUUUUUGGCUGAUUCGUGACACUUAUUGCAGUUAAUAUGUAUGUACAAGUAUGUAUGAUUUAUGUGUGAAAAUGCCUGAAGGAAUUUCAAAACACAAUAUCUAAAGCCAAAUUCAUAAUAUACCACUUGAAGUGAUAAUAAUGUGUAAUAUACAUUGAAUACAUUGAAAUUCAUAUAGAAACCUGUCAUAGAUUUUGUACGAACAUCUGCGAUACUUAUUGGUGAUACAAGGAGUUGGAAGCGGACUCUGUAAGAUACAUUUGUGGAAAAGGGACUUCCGUAUUAAAGGCUCUAAAGCAACUGAUUAUUUUCGUGAAAAUUCUUCUCUCAUAACGAUUGCAACAUUGUACAUACCUCUGUCUAAUCAUGAUGCUCCAUAUCCAACUUAUAGAUUCACUCUACUACAACAUGGUGGGCAAGCAUUAAAUGGCAGUUCAGAAAAUAUACAAGUUAAACAUCCAAAACAUCAAUGGCGAAAGGGUAAUAUUCAUUUCUUCAUAUGAAAGUUUUCAUUUAUGUUAAAAUAAAACUAUCAUCAGUUAGCCAUAUUUAUUUGUAUUAAUUGCAUAUUACAUUUCAAUAAACUAUACAAUAUUUUAAAGCUUUGGAAAAUGUUCAUGUUUGGAUCUCCUCAGUUUGAUGAGGUGUUAUGUGAGGAGUUGAUUGGCGUGCUCCAGUCCAACACAGCAGAUUUAAUGUUCUCUCUGUGGUGGUGGGGGGACAUGUUUACUGCUUGAAAGAUAAUACGUAAUGAUGUAUUUUAUAGGCUUAUUGCUAUAAUGUUCCAAGCCAAAGAUAUUCAUAACUGUGAUGUUAUUUGUAAUAUACUCCCAUGGCGAUGCCCGUUUUGCGUCCUACUUGCAUUAAGGCGAUUUUUAUUUUGUGAAUAAUGAAUAUCAUAUCUUUUUUCAUAAUAAGCUCUUACUGUGAUACCUGGAUUGGUUGUACAUAUAUAUAGGUGUUUAUUGAUGUUACAUAAUAAAUAUCAUUU